CAUUAUAUAUCUGAUCAGAUAACGAUCAACAAACUUAUAGUUGAUCAGAAGAAACAAGAUUUCUAAUCGAUCGCUUUCAAUAUCAUUAUACAGAUCGAGUAUUAGUUAUUUUGGGUGUUAAGUUGGGCAAGCUGUCAUUAAUGGCGGACAUGCAAAUUGUUCCUGCUUCCAAGAAUGUGGAAGCACAGUACGUGGAGAUGAUGGUGCCUCUGUAUUCUUACGGGUGUGAGAAGAAAAUCAAGAAGACCUUAUCCCAUGUCAAAGGGAUAUACUCAGUAAAUGUGGAUUAUAAUCAACAGAAGGUGACGGUGUGGGGAAUUUGCAACAAAUACAAUGUGCUGGCCACCAUUAGAAGCAAGAGGAAAGAAGCUCGUUUCUGGAAUCCAGAAGACAACAAUAUCACAUUAUUGGAAGAUGAUGAAGAAGAAUCAUCAUCACGGCCAUCACCUAAUUCACAUGAAUAUUCUCGGCCAAGAGAUCACUUCAGGCUUUCUUUGCCCUUCACCAUGGUUCGAUCUCUAAGCUGGAAAUUAGCAUGGAAGAAGGUCUUCACCAGAUCCAAUUCAUUCUAAAUUAGCAAAUUCAUGAGUCUAGUAGGAUCAGGAACUAGUACUGCUGCUUAAUUUUCCUGUCAUUGAUCCAACCAACCAAGCCAUCGAUCGAGUCUAAAUUUGGCAAAAUGCGCCAUUCAUGCGUAUCUGAUCAUCUGUAAAUAUUUCAACUUUUUCCAGCAUUAGACUUUUUUCUUGUUACUUUUUCAUUUGAGACCCUCAAAUUUAGACAUGAAUUUGAAGAGAUCUUUCAUUUUUGCC